AUGCGUCCGCUGGUGCUCCUGGCGGUGGCGCCCGCGCUCCACAGGGGCGCGUGGGCGCUGACGCGGGGCCGGCCGGGCGCCGACCCUGGCGAGGCGCGGGUCAGCGCCGAGGUGGGCGUCGCCUGCCGUGCGGCCCUGGGGCUGCCGGGCUGCUCGCGCGACGGGGCGGCCUCCCCGGGCUGCUUCGACUACGACGCCCUGGCGGAGGACAUGGGCGAGCUGGGCCUCGGCGCCGCGGGCUGCGCCAGGGCGCGCCCGGUGGGCGCUCGCGCGGGCGGCGACCCCCUGGCCCACGAUCCCGUCGAGGGGAAGGUGCCUCGCGCCAAC